UCGGGGACGCUUCCUGUCCCGAGAUAACAAGGCUGCUGCUCGUUGACGGGCAGGACACGGCUGACGUGCGUCCAGAUGAAUCAUGUGAGGGUCUCCAGGCAGCACAGGCUCCUGACCGGGCCGUGUCUCCUUGUCCGCGCCCAGAGUCUGCCCUCGGGGACCCUGCUUGUCUGGUGUCAUCGUCAUUGCCUGUCACCCGGGCAGGACAGCGUCCCCCGAAAGUGCUGAGACGGCCCAAGACAGGCGCCGAGAGCUGAGGGGCCAGCUGGCCCGUCCCGACGUGGGGGCCCACGGAGCCACACCUCUGCCUGCUGAACCCACCUCCGGGCACAGCAGGAAGCCCGCCAGGCUCCCCGUCCAGGGUCCAGGCAGGAGCCCCCACCCUCGGACUCACAGUGCGGACCCAGGUGCAGCUUUGGGGCUGGGAUAUGGCGGCCGUCCUGGAUCUUGUGACCUUCCUGGUCGUCCUGAAGUCGGCAUGCUGUGCACAACCACGGCCAGCGCAAGACAAAAUGUCCCCUAUUAUAAACAUGCAGCUGGAUUCAAGGAAAAAAAUGUUAACCUGGACUUCCACAAGAAACGUGAGUGGCCAGGAAUGCACAAUAGAUACGCCGACUGCCUAUUCCGCCACGGUGGACCCACAGGUGACAGAGGACCACACCUACGUCUGCACCUUCCCCAACUCCGUGCUGCACAGGGGGGCCAACCUGACCGUGAACAUCACUUGCGAAGGGGACGUGUUCCUCCAAGUCCUGACUUUCGCCAACCCAGGCAGGGAAGGUUCCGGAGCCGUGAACUUCUCCUGCCUCAUUUACAACGUACGCUUCAUGAACUGCAGCUGGGCGCCCGGCCCGGCCGCCCCAGCCGACGUCAAGUAUCGACUGUUCUCCUGGGCGUCCAGGCAUGAGGCCGAGUCAGAAUGCGUCCAUUACAUCCUCGGCCCCACGGGGACCCGCGUGGGCUGCCAUUUCGACCAACUGGGUGAACCCCAGAGGACGGAUAAUUACUUCUUCUUGGUGAACGGAACCAGCAGGGAAACGGCGAUCCCGUUUUUGGAUUUCACUCCAUUUAAUGCCGUUCAAAUCGAGAAGUACAAUCCACCCAGGAACAUCACCAUCACCUACAACCGGUCGCACCACAUCAUCCGGUGGGAACCUCCCGAGAUCCGAUUCGACCUUUCGAGUCACAUGCUGUAUUACGAGCUGGAAAUCCAAACGCCGGCGAGCUCCGCAGAAACAAACCGUGUUUUCCAGAGGGGACAGGACCCCAACGUGUACCUGAUGCCCGGUGCCGCCACCAGAGCCAAGAGCGCCUUCCGGGUGAGGGUGCGUUACAUGUACAACCGCCUGUGGAGCGAAUGGAGCCCCACGCGGCGGUUCGGCCUCCCGGAGCAGGAUUUCAGCGGCGCCCUGGUGGGGCCCGUGGUGGGGACCGCGGCUUUGUCCGCGCUCGUCCUCAUGUUCCUCUGCAAACGAUGCACACCAGGCCUGGCGGGUGUCCGUGGGCGCUGCGUUUCUCCAGGAAGGGACGCACAGAGGCCGUGGGGUCCUUCACGGUGUGCGUCUCCCCGCCAGGUUCUCCGUGAGGCGCAAGAUGUUCCCUCCCAUCCCGCAGGUGAAGAAGGAAAUCGCCAAGGCCCUCAUGCCCACACCGGGGGUCGCCUGGGACGAGGGCCACCCCCCGCCUGGCCCCCAGGACCCCGAGGACGUGGUGACGCUGGAGGCAACGUGCUGACGGGGGGACGAGGGGAGACGGUGCGUUCCGCCUGCGACCACUUGUGGCCCCGUGUGGUGUUAGUAAAAUGAUAGAUAAAUA